GUAGUGGUAUUACGAGAUCGACUAUCUAAGGAUGUUGUCAUCUGCGGCAAUACCCAUCUUCAUCACAAUCCCAGGCAUGAGCAUCUCAAAGUUUUCCAAGCGAUUGUGGCAGUGCGUCAGCUUGACAUAACUCGUCAGUACUAUGCAACUCUAUAUCCCGAUAAUGCCAUUCGAUUACUUUUUGCAGGGGAUUUUAAUAGCACUCCUGACGGUCCGGUGUACGAGCUUCUUAGCACGGGAAAAUUGUCGAAGAGUUCGGAUUGCUGGAGGUUAGACGAAGACAUGGUGGCCAGUGAUAUGGUGCUUCUUCCAUCCGGCAGCAGAUUGGUGAAUCAAACGGGAACUGAUGAAACCAACUACACGCGAUACAGGGGUAGUGAUGGAGAAGAGCGAGGGUUCGCUGGAUGUCUGGACUACAUUUGGACCGAUUCAACAACUGGGUUGCAUCGAAUGGCACCACGACCUGCUCUCGAACUGCUCACCAAAUACGAAGCUUUACCAUCGAAAAUAGCGCCCAGUGAUCAUAUACCGCUCUUAUGUGAAUUAUAUUUCCAAAAAACAUAG